AUGGGCAGUACCACCAGUGGCCGGAGCUUGAGCCAGAUCUCGGACCUGGUGGAGCCUGAGCAGCCUCCCAGCAGGGAGAAGCCCGUCCGGUGCUUGGAGUGCGGAAAGAGCUUCAGGAAGAGCACCCACCUGCUCCAACACCAGCACAUCCACAGUGGGAAACGGUCCUACCCAUGUGGGGAAUGUGAAAAGAGCUUCAGGCAGAUCUCCAGCCUGAUCCGACACCAGCGCAUCUCCAGCUCAGAUCACACCAGCUCAGAUCUCCUCAACACUCAGUUUCACAGCAGUUUAGAUCUCCUCCUGCAUGAGCGGAUUCACACGGAUAAGAGGCCCUUCCACUGCACCGACUGCGGGAAGGGCUUCCAACAGAACCAGAACUCCCACCUCAUCACCCACCGGCGCGUCCACACCGGGGAGAGGCCUUACAAGUGUGGGGAGCUCUGCUGUGUUGAGCUCUAUCCCUUCAAGUGCUUGGAGUGUGAGAAGAGCUUCAGGAAGAGCCCCAGCCUCCUCACCCACCAGCACAUCCACUCUGAGGAACGGCCCUACAGGUGUGGGAAGUGUGGGAAGAGCUUUGCCCAGAGUGGACACUUGUCCAAACACCAACGGACCCACCCUUAAGAGAGCCAGCGAGUGGGUUCAGCGCUGG